GCCCGGGACCCAUAGAUAUCGCGACCCCAGAGAACUGGGUAGAAUGGUCUCUGGUCCGGAGCCACGAUCUCCUGGCCCUUAAGGUCCCGGAAACACCUUCAAUUGGCCACAAGGUAGCAUGUAGGGAGCAGCUCAAGUGGUGAUUGGCCUUACCUUGACAAGUGCCGCCUACCGGGACCGCCCCAUCUGCCCGCUGUCCCUGAAUUACCUGUCAGUGACUUGUCUGCUCUGCACCUAACUUCACGCCGGGCUGAGGGAUGCCAGGUCGGAACCGGGCCAGAUCCAGAAAACUGGUGAAGGCCCCUGAGCUGAGUAGGUACUGGACUGGGGUCAAGUUGUGAGGUCGAGAAAUGGAAGCCAGACUUGGGGGAGAAAGGUGCCGGGUGUUAGGAAAGACAUGGGUCAGUGAUGGGCACUAGAAACGUAUAUAGGAGCAAGGCUGGGACAAGUGGCCAUGGCUUCAGGGACAUGGACAGGGAGGCAGAUUCCAGCAGUGUCUCAAUAUCCCCUGCAGGCUGAAGCAAUGGCAGCUCCAGGGAUACCACCUCCCUUAACCCCAGAGGCAGCUGGUACCGUCUCAGGGGGAGGGAGUGGGGAACCCAAGCAGCUGCCUGAGCUGAUCCGCCUGAAACGAGAUGGAGGGCAUCUGAGUGAGGCAGACAUCAGGGACUUCGUGCAUGCAGUGAUGGAUGGAAGUGCACAGGACACACAAAUCGGGGCUAUGCUGAUGGCCAUUCGGCUGCAGGGCAUGGACCUAGAGGAGACAUCUGUGCUGACUCAGGCCCUGGCAGACUCUGGGCAGCAACUGGAGUGGCCCAAGGCCUGGCACCAGCAGCUUGUGGAUAAACACUCCACAGGAGGUGUGGGUGACAAGGUCAGCCUGGUUCUGGCACCUGCCCUGGCUGCAUGUGGCUGCAAGGUGCCAAUGAUCAGCGGACGUGGUCUGGGGCACACAGGGGGCACACUGGAUAAGCUGGAGUCUAUUCCUGGGUUCAAUGUCACCCAGAGCCCAGAGCAGAUACUGCUCUUACUGGAGGAAGUGGGCUGCUGUAUUGUUGGCCAGAGUGAGAAGCUGGUCCCUGCUGAUGGAAUCCUGUAUGCUGCCCGAGAUGUGACAGCUACUGUGGACAGUAUACCACUCAUUACAGCAUCAAUCCUCAGUAAGAAGGUCGUGGAGGGACUCUCCACUCUGGUGGUGGAUGUUAAGUUUGGGGGGGCUGCAGUCUUCCCAGACCAGGAGCAGGCCCGAGAGCUGGCAAAGACGUUGGUUAGCACAGGAGUGGGCCUGGGGCUGCGGGUCGCAGCAGCCCUGACCGCCAUGGAUGACCCUCUGGGCCGCAGCGUGGGUCAUACCCUGGAAGUGGAAGAAGCAUUGCUUUGUCUGGAUGGUGCGGGGCCGCCGGACCUCCGGGACCUGGUCAUUAGGCUAGGGGGCGCCAUCCUUUGGCUUAGCGGACAGGCGGAAACCCAAGACCAGGGCGCCGCCCGAGUGGCCGCGGCGUUGGAUGACGGCUCUGCGCUGCACCGCUUCCAGCUGAUGCUGUCGGCGCAGGGCGUGGACCCCGGCCUAGCCAGAGCACUGUGCUCCGGGAGCCCCACGCAACGCCGCCAGCUGCUGCCCCACGCCAGAGAACAAGAGGAGCUGCUCGCACCGGCAGACGGCACCGUGGAGCACGUCCUGGCGUUGCCGCUGGCCCGUGUGCUUCACGAGCUCGGGGCCGGACGCAGCCGAGCGGGGCAGCCGAUCAGGCCGGGAGUGGGUGCCGAGCUGCUGGUCGACGUGGGUCAGUGGCUGUACCGCGGUACACCCUGGCUCCGCGUACACCUGGACGGCCCCGCGCUCAGCGGCCAGCAGCGCCGCGCUCUACAGGGGGCGCUCGUGCUGUCGGACCGCGCACCCUUCAAGGCCCCUUCGCCCUUCGCUGAACUAGUCCUCCCACCGACCUUCGCACAGCCCUAA